UCCUAACCUUUUCCCUCCAGGAUCAGGAUUUUCAGCUUGGCGUGCCGUUUUCUGAGCAGAUGAGCCGCACUCAGCCCAGAUAGUCCGGCUCCGACUAUAACAACGUCCCAGAUGUCGGCCGUCAUGUUGGAAGUUCAGUCCAUGGACAGCUAUUUGGAUUCAGUAGCUUGUUUCAGGAUGAUUAUGUUCAGACAAAGCUGCUCUCAUCUGAGGACACCUUUCAACCUUUGCUGUCCAUCGUGGUUAUUGUUAUGCUCUGCAGCGCUCAUGAGCACAGAGCUGAGAUCUACACAAGGGCUGACUGUGACAUCGACAGGCCUGCAGACCAUCCAGAGGGCAGAGGGCGACACUGUGACUUUGGGUUGCAGUUACACACUGAGCCCAUUAGACAGAGGAGAAAUUGACAUCGAAUGGUCUGUGCUCAGUCCUGACACUACAAAGAAGAAUCAAAUGCUUCUAUCAUACACCAGGGGCGCCAAAUACUACCAUGGUGGUCCCAGAGAUGCUGAAGGCUUCAGCUUUGCUGCAGGUGAUCCCUCCAAGGGGGACGCUUCUCUCUCCAUCUCUCAGUUGUCACGCAUUCACAGUGCAACCUACCAGUGCAAAGUGAGGAAGUCACCUGGGGUUGACACCCGUAAGGUGUCACUGGUGGUUAAGGUGAAGCCAUCUGUACCUAAGUGCAGGCUGGAAGGAGGGGAGCUCGUUGGUGAAGCUGUUUCUCUGCGUUGCCAUUCCUCUAAAGGAUCCAGUCCCCUAAAAUACGAGUGGCGAAGAGAAAGCAAAGACCCCAUGCCUGCUGGUGCCACACAGGACAGCGCAACCGGGGAGUUGAGAAUCAGCAACCACACACAAAGCUUUGCAGGGAUCUACCUUUGUGAGGUGAACAAUGCUGUUGGAGCUGAACGCUGCAGGAUCAGCCUGAGAGCCAACAAAUCUCCAAACAGAACUGCAGUGAUUGGUGGCAAAGCUGUGGGGUCGCUUCUCCUCAUCCUCAUCUUCCUGGUGCUUGCUGGGCUCCUGUGCUGGAAUCUGAAGGACAGACAGCACCAUGACAAAGAGUCCUCCAACGAGAUCAGGGAUGACGCGACGCCACCAGACAGCUGCCCGGUGAGCUGGCGCACAGGUCGGAAUGCUGGCCAGACCCCUCAAACCGCUUACAUGUGGGCAGGUCAGAACCAGGUCAGCACACACAACCCUUCCAGCUACUGCCAAGGACAAACACCAGUCAAAAAUGCACUAGCUGGAUUUGACAGCAAGCACCGAUAUGCAGUGUGAUGCACAAUAAUUUUUACUCCGACACUGCGGGGCUGUUUGAGGCAAAAAAGUUAAUACUUAAAUAAUUAUGUAUUGUUAAUGAAACAUGUAGGUUAGGAUUUUCCAGCUGUAUUAGCAUUUCCAAGUAAUAAUAAAAACACAUUUAAAACAAGUUUACUAAAUUGAAUAUAAUUGAAAAGUGAAUGUAUUUUCUUAAUUUCAAUUAAAAAGUGAAACGUAUAGAUUCAUUACAUACAGGGUGAUUUAAUUUAAGCAUUUCUUUCAAGGGUAAGCCUCCAGAGGAUUGUGAAAGUACAGCACAAGUAUGUACUGUGCAGUACAAAGGCAUACUUUCUGAAGAAAUCUGAAUUUCUGGUUUUCAUUGCUAUAAGUCAAUCAUCAGAUUUUACAGAAAAAGCAAUAUAUAACUGUGUGCAAUAUAUCUAUAUAGGAGAUGAGUGUAAAUGUUUUAAUUGAUUUACUGAAAUAAAUUAAUUUCUCAAUGAUC